AUGACACCGAUCAACAUUCCUAUCGAUCUCCAGAUUGAAACACUCUUAAGGCUGCCUGUGAAGUCUCUAUUGAGAUUUCGAUGCGUCUCCAAGCUUUGGUACUCUAUCAUCACCAGCCGAGACUUCAAAAGCCAGCACUUGAACAUUGCUACUUCCUCAGCUCCUACUCGUCUUCUCAUUGCUUUUGAGGACUUUUACGGAGAAAAGGUUCUGUUAGUCUCGUCACCUAACCCAAUCGCACCUUCCUCUUCCUCUUCCUCUUCUUCAUGUUGUGUACCGUUGAGAGAUCUGAGCCUACUCAAAAUCCAUGGGGGAAAUAGUGUGUAUAACGCCGGUCGGGGCUUGAUAUGCGUUGGAGCCGGUUUUAAAGAUGUGGCGAUUUGUAACCCUAGCACGAGGCAGCUGCAUGCUUUUCCCGAAUUCGAAUUCAAAGAUAGCCCAACAGUUUUUCCACGCCCCAAUUACGUCUUUGGGUACGAUCCUGUUGAAGAUCAAUACAAAGUGCUUGCCGUUGAUGCUUUUCCUUGGAGAUUGGAGCACAAGCUUGUGGUAUUGGGAGGAGAAGAAGCUUGGAGAGAGGCUCCAUGUGUCGCAUGCCCUCAUAUUAUUCAUACAUUGGGGCUGUAUAUGAACGGGACCGUCUACUAUGGGGCUUCCAGGUGGAACGACAGUGAUGAUGAUGUUUCCCCGAAUAGUAACUCCAUAAUUCUGAGUUUCGAUGUUAGGCUUGAAACGUACACUAUCAUCAACGUACCAAGCAAAAUUCUACCAUUGAUGGGUUAUGUGAAUAUGUGGGUUACCAAAAGGCGGAUUAAGACCGAUAAAACUCUGAUCAACUAUAGAGGGAAAAUUGGUGUGGUUGAGAAUCCUCGUGAGGGUAGGUUUCGUGUGUGGGUUGUGGAAGAUGCUGAGAAAUAG